CCCCGGGAUAAUUUCACCUUGUUUCUUUUCACGCUGUCUUGGGGAUGCUGAGGGUUUGCAUGGUGUGAGCUCGCUUGUGGGGAGGUUUAUAGACGUGUUGUGAAAAGAUGAAGGUGGGACAGAGCUGUGUGUGAUGAGGCCAGUAGUAAGUUGCUUUUCCCUGCCCUCCCACAGCACUGACAGCUUGUGGCUAUGCUGCUCGUUUGCAGAAUCUAUGCAAGUUUUGCUCGGCAGUGGUUUAGGAGCAGGACAGGGGGCUGGGACGUCCCCCCAGGAGGACGGGUGAAAGUGCUGGGUCUGGCAAAGAGCUCGAGCACGUGCCUGGAAUGCCCUGGUUUUGGAAAGCUCUGGGCUCGUGUGUGUGCUCAGAGCUGGCUGCUCGUCCCGGCACAUCCCAGCAGCAACAACAACCUCCAACGCCUCCGCUGUUCUGCUGGAAAAGGUCUCGGCGUGUCGCAGGCUGCCGAGUGCUCUGAGGAGCCCAGCUGCUGCUUUCACUGUUCAACUUGUCUCUGUCCUUGCGCUGCCGUAAGAAAGUCAUAGAAGUUAAUAAUUAACAGCUAAAAUAUUUUUCCCUCCACUGAAGGCUGGUGGGGAGAGCUGUGCUGUGGGGAGCCCAGACACGGCAGAGGGACAGUGACAGGGUGACAGGGGACAUGUCAGGGCUCCUCUUGCCAGAGACAAACCGCACUUUUUACGGGUGAGAGCUGGUGCCAGGCAGGAACCUUCCCCGGGUGAACGCGGCACAAACCAGGGGCUCCCAGGCUGGACCUGCACCCUGGGGUGCCUGACAUCUCUCCAUGGGGGGCUGAGGAGGAGGAGGAGGAAGAUCUGUGUUUGCGGCCAGCCAGAGUGAGGUGGAGAUGGAGGGGGCAGGGGUGGCGCUGCCGGAGCCGUCAGUGGGCCACCUGUCCUAACUGCUGAGAGCAUUGCUUCAGCCGUCACGGAGCAGCUGCAUCCCUGUCCUGCCGCUUCCCCGGUAGGGGGUGAGAUGUGGCCAGGAGGAGUUGGGAGGCGCCGCAUAGCUCGUCUCCAGGGCAGCUGAGCCUAAAACGUCCCUUGGAGCCGGAGCCCCGACCCGCGUGAUGCUGAGCCUCAAGUUACCCCGGCUGCUCAGCAUCCACCAAGUGCCCAAGGGGUACCAGGAGCAGGGGAUCCUCUUUGGGUAUCGCCCCCCCCGAAGCUCAGCAGCAGAUUGCCUCCUCAGCGCCUUCCAAAUGACAAAUGAAACUCUAAAUAUUUGGACACAUUUUGUGCCCGCCUGGUACUUUGUGUGGACGCUGGUGGGACGGCUGCGGGGGCCGGGGGGCUGGGAGGACCCCCAGGCCCGGCCCCUCCUAGCCUACCUGCUGACCUGCUGCAUCUACCCACUGGCCUCCAGCUGCGCCCACACUUUCAGCACCAUGUCCACCCAUGCCCGUCAUCUCUGCUACUUCUUCGAUUACGCAGCUCUCAGCAUGUACAGCCUGGGGUCCGCACUGGCGUACUCGGCGUACAUCUUCCCCACGGAAUGGGUCAACAGCACCUUCCACCACUGCUACGUCCCCAUAGCCGUGUUCAACACCGUCAUCAGCACCAGCCUGUCCUGCUAUUCCAGGUUUCUGGAGGUGGAGCGGCCUGGGCUCAGCAAGGCAUCCCGCACCCUGGCCUUUGCCUACCCGUACCUCUUUGACAGCAUCCCUCUCUUCUACAGGCUGUACAUGUGCGCGGCACAGAGAUGCACAGACGCUGCCAUCCUGCUGCACUACAAACACACCGCCUUGGCCUUCCUCACCUGCUUCAUCUUCGCCAGCCACCUGCCCGAGCGACUCGCACCAGGACACUUCGACUACAUCGGGCACAGCCACCAAGUUUUCCACGUCUGCGGGAUCAUCGGCACGCACUUCCAGCUGGAGGCCAUCCUGACGGACAUGGCGGAGCGGCAGGGCCGGCUCCUGCCCCCCUCGCCGCUGCCCUCGGCCCUGCAGACGCUGGGCUCCAUGGGCGUCUGCGCAGUCGUCAGCCUGGCCGUCAUCGGGCGCUGCUCCCUGGCCCUGCACUUCCUGACCGAGCCUCUGCCCAGAGAAAAACCACACGGCCAUUAGGCUUCGGCUCCCGAGAACGUUUGUGCUGCUCCACAAGAGACACCCGAAACACUGAGGGCAUGGUAUGAAUGAGGAGGAGUUUAUUUGCCUACGCUCUCUGAGAAAACGUUCAUUUGGGAUUUUUCUCAAGAGCGAGACACAUUGCACUGGGUUUUGUACAUAUCGCUUUAAAGCUGGGAGCGGAUCAUGAAAUGCUUUUAAUCAAGUUGCUGUUUCACCACAAGAAAUAUUUAAAAUAAUCAACCUUUUUUCCGUAAAAGCGAGAUAAGUGCUGAUACUUUCCAAAGCACUUGGCGCUUAUCGAGUCUGCCUUACGGAGCAAUCGAGGGGGCAAGUGAACGUGGAUGACGCUGGUGACACAGAUGUCCUUCUCAUCAGUUUGGAUCCAUAGCCAAGACUCCCUGGCAAAGGCGGGAGCAGGGGCUCUCCCAGGGGCUCCCUAACUACGGUUUCCGCCUUGAAAGUGCCAUUAAUUAGGGGAUUAAAACCUCAAAUAAUCGUGCGAUGCAGCCUUACGCUAAACCCAAGUGCCUGACCGAGGUGGGAUGGAGAGAGACCAGUUCGCCUGCAUUUUACAUUCAGCUAUUUUUAGUUGUUACCCGGAAAGAUUUAUUCCAGAAGAACUCUCCAUGGGACACUCUUCCAAAACAGCUUCUUUUUGGGUCCAUCUCCAGCGUGUAGGUAAGUCCUGGGAAAUAAAUUCCCAGGGGAGAGCUGAGCUCCCGCCUGCGCAGGCGAUGCGGUUGCCGGCGGGACGGGAGGCACCGACCUCCCUCCUGCACCAUCACCUCCAUCCCCUGCUCCCUCCUCGGCUCCUUCUCAGACCUCGUCAAACACCAACAGAGGACGAAACACCGGCACCCACGAGGAUUUCCUCACAAGCGCGCUUAGUGCCGAAUGCUUAAUGCGGGUGUGAACCUGCCCGCGGGCAGCUGGGCUGUUUGGAAAAUGGGUUUGACACCUUAUCGAGGGCGACAGCUGAGAAAUUCACGGCUGCCACGUCCAGGUGUCCUCUCCUGGGGGUUUCUGGAGGCAGGACACGGGGUGGGACUGAUGGCGGAGCCACCACCUCCGAACCUCUCACCCGCAGAGAAGAACGUUUUUCUUUUCAGGAGUGAGCAGGACGGGGGUGUCUGGGGGGAAUAAAACGUCAGCUGACAAGAAGCAGUGGUCUGUAGAGAGAUGGGCGCUGCCGGGUGCAAGGCGGGAUUUGGAGCAGCUGAGCUGGUAACGCGUGUGGGGCCAAAGCUGUGCGAUUUUAAAGCACUUCCAGAGCUAGACCUGGCUCACCCAGCAACAGCGCUGAGCUCCGGUUCCUGCCCUGUUUCCUCUGCUGCUGCCUCUGGAUUUCACAAGGAGCCGCAGGGGGAGCUCGGCCGGGGCUCCAGCGAUGGAACCGGCACCUUGAGUUUACCCAAUACCCGCGGGAGGUACAGCAAAGAUUCAGUGUGAUCGCGCUUCUUGUUAACCAUACGGGUGUGUAAUUUGUUUUGUGUCUAAUUACCUCUAAAAAGAUAUAAUUGAGGCACUUUUGAGUGACAAUCAACAACUCAUUAAAUAUCUUCUGGGACAAAUAAGUGUUUUGAAAAAUGGCUUUCUUUUGAAAGCUGACCACGAUUUAUAUUAAUAUUUAUAAGCAGUGGAACAUAAUUGUUUAUUCAACAGGUUUGUUUCAUUAAAAGAGAAAACUAAUAUAACUAUCACACUGAUAUAUGCUAACCUGAUUUGUAUAGUUCUGUGAAAAUUAAUCACUUCAGAGAUAAGUGCUGAUAAUCACAAAGCUUAUUAACCUUGUGUACUCAUGCGGCUGGAAAGGAAUCUGUGUAAGACUUGAUUUUAGAGUCUGUAAAAUUACAUGAAUCAUUACAACUUUUCCCUUGGUUGUUUAACUUUUGAAUUUGAGAAUUCCUCUCGUCCUCUUCAGGUGACAUUAUUUGUAGGAGAACUACAUUAAAAAUGUAAUGCCGUAUUACACAUUUUUACCAUAAUCGCUCUGGAUACUGCAGCACUUUCCACAACCCUUUGUUUGACACAUGCUUUACGUACUGAACGAGUCAACAUUUGAAGCAGCACAGGUCAGCCAGGUUUCUUCUUCUGUUGGAGACAGGACUUCAAAAAGCUUCUCAAUGUACUAAAUUUUAUUUACGUACAGAAAUAAAACUCUGUGUUGAAUCGUUACAAGAAAAUAAUAUAG